CACCACCCACCACCACCCACCACCAUUUUCCCUCCUCCACCCUCCCUCCUCCGAACACCCCGAAUAAUACCAAGAAGCCUAAACUCCUCCCCCCACCCUCAAAAGCGCCAUCUUUCUUUCCUUUUUCCUUCCUUCCUUCAUUUCCUUCCUUUCUUCCUUACAUUCAUCCCAUCGCGAGACCGUGAAUUCCUCCAGAUCCCCACGGUGUAUCUACAGCUGUCGUCACUUCCAUCCAUCUCUGCCACUUUAUACCAGACUACACCAGGUCACCAGCAAAGCCAUUAUACCUCUAUUUUGCCACUCUACUGCCUUGACUACUUCUACUCUACUACCUUACAAAGCUUUACCAGCUUCAAACUCGCACCCACAGCUUCAAGGCAUCACACAUCCACCGCUGUUUGAGCGCAAGCAAGCAACCAAAAAAAAAUAUCGAGGUCCCCCCACGCCAGAUUCAGCCACGAUCUGACUAUCUGCAACCCUCACUCAAUCGAUCGAUCACCUCCAACCACCACACACAAACAAACAACCACCACACCAACUCUCCCUGCGACCCGCCACCAUGGCACCAGAUCUCAACUCCGUCCCCCUCUCCCCCUACCCCCCCUCCACCACCGCCACUCCCCCCGCCCCUUCGUCCACCCCCCCCUCACAGCCAAACAUCCUCUACAUCAUGGCGGACCAACUGGCCGCUCCCCUCCUGAAGAUGUACAACCCCGCCUCCCAAAUCAAGACCCCGCACCUCGACUCCCUCGCCUCCUCCGCCGUCGUCUUCGACUCCGCCUACUGCCCCUCCCCCCUCUGCGCCCCGUCCCGCAUGAGCAUGGUAACGGGCCAGCUCCCCACCAAGAUCGGCGCCUACGACAACGCCAACAGCAUCGGUCCCGACGUGCCGACCUACGCGCACUACCUCCGCGCUGCGGGCUACGAGACCGCCUUGGCGGGGAAGAUGCAUUUUAUCGGGGAGCAGCUGCAUGGGUAUGAGAAGAGGCUUACGAGUGAUAUAUACCCCGGGGAUUACGGGUGGAUGGUCAAUUGGGACGAGCCGGAUCGGAGGUUGGAGUGGUAUCAUAAUGCCAGUUCGAUCUUGCAGGCUGGACCCUGUGUGAGGAGCAACCAGCUCGAUUAUGAUGAGGAGGUCAUGUAUAAGAGCUCCCAGUUCCUGUACGACCAUGUGCGCCAGGGCGACGGGGCCAGGCCCUUCUGCUUGACGGUCUCCCUCACCCACCCCCACGACCCCUACACCAUCGAAGAGCAAUACUGGGACCUCUACGAGGACGUCGACAUCGUGGCCCCCACCGUGACGAUCCCGCGCGAUGAGCAGGACCCGCACAGCAAGCGCCUCUUGAAGGUGUGUGAUCUGUGGGAUGCUGAGAUUUCGGAGAAGCAGGUUAAGCGGGCGCGGCGCGCGUAUUAUGGCGCGGUUAGCUAUGUGGAUGAUUGUAUUGGCCGGCUGCUGAAGGUGCUGAAGAAGUGUAAGUUGGAUGAGAAUACUAUUAUUGUCUUCUCCGGCGAUCAUGGGGAUAUGUUGGGAGAGAGGGGGUUGUGGUAUAAGAUGUCCCUCUUCGAAGCCUCUGUCCGCGUGCCGCUGCUCAUCCAUCACCCUGCCUCCUUCCCAGCCCGCCACGUCUCUUCGCACGUCUCGACACUGGAUAUCCUGCCUACCCUCGUCGACCUCGUCGGCACAAAAUUGUGGGAUACCCUUGACAUCGACGGACACAGUCUCUACCCCUUCCUCCGCGGCGCCUCAGCCAACGCAGCGAAGGACACCGCCUACGCAGAGUACUGCGGCGAAGGCACCGUAUCCCCCCUAAUGAUGAUCCGUCGCGGAAAGUGGAAAUACGUCACCUGCCCCGUCGACCCCGAGCAGCUCUACGACCUCUCCGCCGACCCCCUCGAGCUCAUCAACCUCGCCCUCCCCCCCUCCAAGAGCAUCGCCUCUUCCACCACCAACUACUCCGCCUUAACCAAAUCCACCACCUCCCCCACCGAGGCCUCCACAGCCCUCGCCGCCUUCCGCGCCGAAGCAAGCGCCAAGUGGGAUUUCCCAACCAUCACGCGCUCAGUGCACCACUCGCAGCGCCAGCGCACGCUGGUGUGGUCCGCGCUCACGAAGGGGAAGUUCACGAGCUGGGAUUAUAACCCGAUUGAUGAUGGGAGGGAGAAGUAUAUUAGGAGCCACUUGCCGCUUGAUGAGCUGGAGUUGAGGGCUAGGUAUCCGGCGGUGGAUGAGAGGGGGGUGGUGAGGGGGGGGGUGGUGAGGGAGGAGGGGGGGAGUGUUAGGGAGGUUGUUAUGUGAAAGGGGGGUGUGUGUCUUGGGACUCAUUCGCUUACUCACCUCACGACUUGCCUGUCUGCCUGUCUGCCUGUCUGCCUGCCUUUCCAUUCUCACCUUCUCGAUCUUUUCUGUUUUUUUGUUUUCGUGUUUUUUUGAAAAAAAGCGGCAUCGCGUGUUAUGCUUGCGGAGGGGGGGAUUAAUCAUGCAUUGAAGCGAAACAUCUCUUUCUUCUCCAGCGAGCGAGCGGGAUGCGGACUAUUACCAGGACGGCGUUUGGGAUGCUUCUGUUUUUGUUUUUGUCUUUGCUUUGGUUUUUAUUGGGUUUUAUUGGGUUUUAUUUUCUGUUUUGUUUGUGUUUUUGGGGGGGGUCUUGCGCGGUUCU